AUGGAUCCAGAGCAGACGUUUAUAAGGGUACAAGAGCGGUUCUCACAGAUGCUGACGCCGAGAAUUCGAGCAUCUCUGGAGUACAUAUAUCUGCUCCUAGCCAUCACUCUUUUCUGUAUUCUUGUUGUUAUGCACGCUAAUUACGUUCAACAGCCUGGUUGUUCAAGUGAGCUCUCUGGAGUUGAAACGACAGAAGCACAACUUAUUCAGAUCAGGAUUACCAGUGCUGGCUUGUGGUCGCAAAAUGAUUCUGAAUGUACUUUGUUGAAUGUUCCUGACAAGGAAACUGACAGCAACAAUCUGGAAUUUGCAAAUGUGGAUGGAUAUGGGCCAAAGUUUUGGUUGAAUUGGUUUGGUUCUGGUGCUUGGAGAGGCAAAUUUGCUUUGAAAUUCUGGAAGACUGAUAAUGAAUUUCUCGAACCUCAACAAGAGACUUCUGCUGGCUGUGAAAGCCUUAAGGCCGUAGUUGAUGAUACAGUCCUUAGAAUCAAUAAAGACGAGCCACGUAGCAGGUUUCUUACAUCCGCCAAGGAAUCAUUUAAAACAGCAAUAAUUCAUCUUGGCAGAAAGUGGUAUGGGCGUUUGUCUUUCAUUUGGAGACUUGCAAAGCGAAUUCUUCGAGGUUUGUGGGUGAGUAUAUUUGGGGAAGAUUUUUGUAACUAUAGAAAACCAGAGAUGCCAUGCUAUUUGUGA